UAAUGUUUCUCUCAGCAAACCAUCCCUUAAACUACGUUAACAAUGAUUCAUUUCACAGACGUGCCGUGACGUCAACGUAGUUUCCCGAUAGGCUGUGCGGGAUUUUAAACAAGUGCGCGACUUCAUACCGUGUUCUACUGCUGUCAACAAAACUACGCCGACGAAAAAGUGGGGAUUUUAACUGCCUUAACGUUGACAUUUAUUUAAACUUCAUGCGACAAGACAUACGAUUCAAAUAGAAUACUUCUUCAUUUUAACCCUUUGCUGAGCAUGAAACAAUAGUGAAAACAACAUGAAGUGCUUGAGAACAGAGGAGUACGUCCAACAGCUGUCUUCUGUAAAGGACAUCAUAGUUCUUCAUGAAAACCUGAAGAAACAUGUGAAUGAUGGCCUCGGUCCAUAUGGACGCACAAUGUGUGAUCGUAUCAUCCGGGCGUGUAACCAGCAGCUGGGCAGUGGCCCGCUGGACUCUACACAUCAGGAGAGACUAGUGGACUUGGUUGAACUGGCUAUCCAAGGGUAUGAAUUGGUAGAAGAGUCCGGAAUGCAGAACAACCCAUGUUAUCUGGAAAAAAUUGUAUUCCACAUCCUACAGAAAGUCACCUCCCUGAGAGCUCAUGGUCCUGCUAGUCGACUGGGUCGACUCAUGUACAGAAGACUGAAGCGUUUGUCUGCAGAGACCGACGAUAUCCACGUUCUGGUGCGGAACUGCUUCGCAGUGUUGUGGAACAGCCUCCAGACUAACAACACAGAUGGGUCUACCCUCUCUCCAAGGGACAGACUCCAAUAUCAGCUGCAAGCUUUGACGUUCAGGCUCUUAGAACAGGAGUCCAACUCAACAUCUAAAGUGCCAAUGUUUGUGGAGGAAGUGGUAGGGGAAUUUGAACGGUCAUCUAAGAGUUUGACUCACGACAAUGUGACAUUUUUGACCACAGAAUUACAAAACCUUUCCCUCGUCCCCACAAUAAACCUGUGCUCUGAACAAGACUCUGCACAAAUGUUACCAAUGCUUCCUGUGAAGUGUGAGAUCUUGUUUAAGGUCUGUAAGCUGCUUUGUAAGUCAAUUCAUUUUUCAGAAGAAGCUAGUAGGUUGUUGCGAGGUGCUCUAGAGGGGGUCAGAGGUCAGGGUGUUCUGCGAUCGGCCUCGAGUCUUGUAGAUCGGGCAGUGCAGCUGCAGUCUUGUUUUGGUUCAGGAAGAGAGUGCGGUAAAGCUUUCACUGAAUGUGCACGCAUCUUAAGGGGGCUGCCUAGCGUGAUGUCUGGCUCUGAGUGGCAUGCGCUGUUGGAGGCUUGCCAGCUUGUUAUUUGUGCGGUGGAGGCUGGCCAAAGUAAAGGGAUGAACAUAGCCACUCUGCUGACUUCUUUCUCUUUCCUGGAGGAAUAUCAGGAACUUCUGCUCAGACAGCAAAAGGGCUCUUUUUCACAGCAGGUGCAGUACUCUCUUUGUUUCAGUUUCUACCAGGGCUUUAUUAGCACGUACGAUAGUCUUCACGCAUCUCAGGUGUCUGCGGGCGAUUCUCUGGACAGAGUGCUUUUGUACUGCCAGGCGACAGCAGGACGCAUGCUGACUGAAUUGCGGACACUUAACAAUGACAACUUCUUACUUAAAGCAGUGUGUGCGGUGAAUAAUGUGGUGUACGAGCUGUUUAACAGGAAGCUGUAUGACGGAGCGUUUGGUUUGGCUGUGAUUGUGUGUCAGGAGCUGUGUAAGGACUGCCCACCCUCUCUUCCUGUGGACAGGGUCAAUCGCUGCUUCAUGCUGACUGUCCAGUGCAGCCGGCGCGGGGGUCAACCGGAGCGGGCUUUAGACUGGAUCGCGCGCUGGAUUCAAGUUUUAGGAACGCGAGUUUUGGAUCAUCUCGCUGAACCUGUGUCACUAUGGGUCAAAACCAAGUGUGAUGCAGCCCGGGCAGGAGAGGAUGACACACGCCUAAGAACUUUGAGGGAUGGGUUGGCGGAAGUGUUGAUGGAUGAGGAGGUGCUGAUUUGUUUGUUAGAGGAGGAGUUGCGUUUGUAUAAAGAGCAGACUGGAGACACAGCUCAGGAGCGCUACAACACGCUCUGCGACCUCUUGGACAUCUGUCACGAAGACACCUCGUACAAACUGAGGCGGGCUUCCUACCUGUGCGAGAUGUCACAGGUUGUGUGCUACCAAGACUUUAGCCAACAGACUGAGUGCUCAGCAAUUGACUUUACCCAUGAGGCUUUGCGAUUGUUGGAGGCUGAGCCAGAGACAGCAGAGAAUGCUGAUAGGCUGAAGGAUGAGAAGGCACAUGCCUCCCUGUGGCUCUACAUCUGCACCCUUGAGUCCAAUCUGCAGGAGGCUGUGGACAUGGAAAAGCGACUGCGUGCAGUGCAGGCAGAGAGUAAAAUGGAAGUGUAUUUGGAUCCUGUUCCUACUAAUGAUCUGGAGUAUGAGGACAAACAGAAAUCCCAAGAGAGCCAGCUAGUCUAUGAUGGACUACGCUUUAACCUACUGGCCCAUAGCAAGCUGAGCGAACCUCUGGAUAAAAGUUUGUCUCUGUGGCGGAGUCUACUCAAGGGGUCCUUACCUGCUGUUAGAGAUCCUAAACUUACAGCGUCCUCGAUCACACUGAUGGCUGCCCUCAACACACUCAUGGGAAAACACCUGCAAGCUCUGGAGGGAUAUCAGCUCGCUGCUGCUCUAUUUCUUAUCCUCGGAGAUUCUCAGAACAGUGCAAAUGCCCGUUGCCUCUCUGCCAGGAUCCUGUUGUAUUUAGGAUCCCCUCAGCUCGCCCAGGUGGAGUUGGAGAAAGCAGAACAGAGUUUGACCUCUGACACAAGCUCAGAGGGAAUGUCUGUUAUAUCCAUGACGGCAAUGCUACAGAAAGCACAGAUCUGCUAUGCUUUAGGACAGGUGGAAUGUGGGGUUUGUUGCCUGAUGGAGGUGAUAAAGGAAUCCGCUCAGCAUCAUUCUAAGAGCUGGUACCUACUCAGAGCACGGGCACUGCAGACCGCCAGUGAAUACUUGAGUCUGGACUCCGAGACUUUAGACUCACAGCUGCGCCAGAGCAUCAUUCAACAUGGUUUAAAAACUCCAGAUACAGCCCAGUAUGAAGGACUCAAGCUGUUGUGCAGCUUAGUGAUGAUGUUGCUGGGCAACGGGUUUUACGGAGCUCCCGGACCAAACACGGACACUUGCUUUGUAGAUCAAGGAGACAGCGUUGUGUUUAAGUGGCUGUUGUUGAGCGAGGUUCUGGUUUGUUCUGAAAGGAUGGUGGCUGUGAGGAGCAGCAGUGGGGCCGUUCAUGAAGCUAAAGCUCAGUGUCUAGAGGCACUCAAACUGGCCACCAAAUUGCAGACCCUCAGCCACUGUGCCGAGCUGUUGGUAUUGAAAGCAGAGCUGGAGUUGAUGAAAGGAGCUACUGAAGCAAGUAGUUUAGAUCUGGAGCAAGUCAGAAACUUGUUGGAUUUGUGCACAGAUUUUGGCCAAGCCCAACAACCGAAGAGCGAGGUGAAAAUAAAACCACGCAAAGGUCGGCCAGCUGCCCCUGCUUCUUCUAGUGACAUCCUUGAGGAAGAUGAGGAUCUGAGUGGACUCCUCAGCUCUCGUGCCCUUCUCAAGGAGCCUGUCGAAACCGUGUCUAGAUUAGGAAGUCAAGGAGCAUCUCCCCCUCUAAAACCCAAACGCCAGCGAUGGCUAUCCUGCCUGACCCAUGCUGAGACCUGCUUCAGUCCCUGCUGCACUGAGCUCAGUAUGGUUCGAGUCAGUAUCCAUUGGGCCCUGAUAAAAGCGGACCUCCAGUCGGACCAAGAGCUAUCCUGCCGAUUACGCCAAUGUGCCAGGAAACGUUGCCUUAGUGUCAUGACUAAACUCCAGAGCAGUCUGGCGGCUCUUGUGUCACCUAACAAAUCAACUAAACGAUGUUUGACAGUGCUCCAGGCCGAACUUGGUAGGAUGCAUUUGGCCUCCGUGCUUCAGCUACUCAGAAUGGGAGAGAAAGGGAAGGCUGCAGCCUUGUGGGAGGAAAUUGAAGCGGGAUUGGAGGCAGUGAAGCCUGAAGGGGCAAUGACACCAGAACUUGGGCCCAUCAGGGCAGCUCUACUAGGAGCUAAAGCUGUGGCGUGUUGUUUAGCAUUAGCCAUGAAGAAGCAGUGCACACCUGAAGAACUUUUCUCUUCUGUCUGGGGAUGGACACCAUCAAAGACCAAAACUCAAUUAAAACCCAAAACAGAAUCAAGGCAUAAAGCCAAAAGCCCAGUUUCUGACAAACCUCUCUCAGAAGGAAACGUUAAGAGCCAAACUGACAGUAAAAUGGAGCAAGAGAGCAGGAAAACUAAAGAAUCCUCUGUAGUUUCUAAAAAAGCUAAGGACUCUGUGCCCAAAAUUACCAUCUCGAAAUCCUCCAUGGUUUUCAAAACGCCCAAACCGACAAGGACGUCCCGACCCAAAUCUGUGUCCACUACCACUGGUGUUGGUGAUCUGAGAGCAUUUGACUUUACAAAUGAGGUGCCUGAGAUUUCGGUCAACUUCACACCCUCGCUUACUCCUGCAGGCCAUCGCGGGAAUACAAAGUCUAAAGUCGCCCCAAAGGGAUCAUUCGAAGUUUACAAAGAUUCUUCUCCUGUAGAAGUGAAACCGGUGGUCGUACCCGCAGCACCUAAACGGACCAAACGCUCACGCUUCAAGGUUGAGUUCAGUGAUGAGAGUGACACUGAAGCUGCACCUCCCGCCGUAGUGGAAAAGACUGAGAAAAAGCGAAACGCUUCCAACUCCAAAACACCUCGUACCCUUAAAUCAUCAGCAAACUCCAACCCCAGUGACACCAAAGUCCCUGUAGAACCAGAUACUCCCCGAAGAACACGGAGCACUAAGAAGAGCACAGCCCUUCCCUCUACUGGCUGCCUCUCUUCUGAAGAAGAUACUAGUGUAGCCCAACAGACACGCCCACGCAGGGGCAGAGCAAAAAAGAGUCAGAGUUCAGAGGUCACAGAGGAGCCAGAAAGGAUGAGGAUGAUUAAAGAGGAUGAAGAUGAGGUUCUUUUGAAUAUCAGCCUGGAGGAGCUUCGAGACUCUGACACAGAGAUGAAAGACACAGGCAGCCCAGAUGCCGAUUGUGAGGUCUUGAGGAGAGAUCUGGCCGCCGAUGUAGGACGGGAGAGUUUCAGUGAGCUCAGGAGGGCUGGACAGAACGGCCCUGGAGCUCACACACCCCUAUCACAUGCACAUACUGCCUUAGGUGACCUAUCAGUGGAGGCCGUCCAGUCGUACCUGCGCUCCUCGUGGCUCCUCUUCCAUCACUUCCCGCCUCCUUCUCUUUAUCCUCACGUCUGCUCACUGCUCGCUCAAUCACUCGGUCAGACUGAUCCUGUCACCACAGCAAUGCUACACGCACAGUCGCUGGGGGUGUCCACUCGCCACCACAUGACCCGUCACGUGGUUAGCCAAUUCAGGAAGCUUAAGAAAUCAAGUAAUGAUGUAACAGAAGGUCUGAGGGCUCUGAGUCUGGAGGAAUCAUCAGGAGUGACUCAGUCUCGGAAACUCUCUACACUGGAGAAGAUCUUUUCUUUCAGCUCAUCACACCCAACACAGUUUCCACAAACACACUGCCAACAGUUCACAGAGCAACGGAAAGACCUGCCCGCAGGAAUAACCGUGUGCAUGCUCUCGCUCGUGGGGGUGUAUCCCGAUGAGAUUGGCAGCACUAUUCUUCUGACCAGACUGCAGCGAGACUCCGCCCCAAUUACAGUGAGAAUCCCUACUACAGACAGAGAGCGUUCUGUUGCCGUGCUGUUGGAGGAAAUGGAUGGAGUGUUGAAGGGGCAAAAGGAAGUGAGCGGGGUGGCAGAAAAAUCCCAGUGGUGGGAGGGCCGGAAGGCUUUGGAUGCUCGUGUGGAGAAAUUGCUAGAGGAAAUGGAAGAAGCGUUAGGGGUGUGGCGAACUUUACUCCUCCCUUUGAUCUCUGACCCUGAGCUUGAAGUUCAGAUUAAACGUUUCCAACAGGCACUGAAAGGAACAAAGAUCACACAGGAGAUACUCAAGGUGGUUCUCUCAGCAUCCCCACUCCUCUCCCUGCCUGACCUACAGUCUCUUGUGGACGGGGCGGGUCUGCAGGACAAGGACUUCCUGAGGCUUCUGCAGGGGGUUGUGGCUGAACUGAGGGGGAGGGAGGAGCCACAGGGACAUACAGUUCUUAUCUUGGACAAGUACUUGCAAAAAUUGCCAUGGGAGAACAUCGCUUGUCUGAAAUCUCGCUCUGUCACUCGCAUGCCGUCUUUACAUGCGGUACUUGGUCACAGUCAUCUUAAAGAGAUGGAUUCAAGCUGUGCCUUGUCUUCUGGUGUGAAUCCUAAGCAAGUUUAUUAUGUGCUAAACCCAGAUGGGAACCUGCCUGAUACUGAGACGCGCUUUAAAGACUGGUUUACCGGUGAGCGGGCGUGGCAAGGUGUUUGUGGAAUUGCUCCUGAUCCAGAUAAACUACAAGAGGCUGUCGCCACCAAAGAUCUCUAUAUUUACAUAGGUCAUGGAGCAGGAGCUAGAUUUCUGGAUGCUCAGAAGGUUUUGAAAGGGCCUGUGCGGGCAGCGGCUCUGCUGUUUGGCUGCAGCAGUGCUGCUCUCAGUAUACUUGGCAACCAGGAGGGAACAGGGAUCAUUCUCAGCUACCUGACUGCUGGAUGCCCAUUAGUACUUGGUAACCUGUGGGAUGUAACGGAUCGUGAUUUGGAUCGCUUCACGUCAGCUCUUCUUCAGUCCUGGCUGUCUGCUGGCCCUGGCUCCUCUCUUCUUCAGCAUUUAGCCCAGUCGCGUAAUGCCACACACCUCAAACAUAUAAUUGGUGCCGCGCCGAUUGCAUAUGGAUUGCCUGUGUACAUUCACUAGUUCCGAUUUUAAAUACAAUUUUUAUGCACAAGUUUAGUUCAAUUUAAUGAAUGAUGUUUGGUCUCUUAUUUAAAGUUUCGCUUUAAAGUUAAGCUCUAUUGUAUAUGGAAUAUAGGACUAAACAAAUUGUGUCUAGGAGAUCAAUCAAAGUGUUUUACUAUGUUAAAUGCUCUCAUAAUUUGUUACGGUGAUAGUUUUGUCAUAUUUAUGUUUUUCUCAUGACCUUAUGAUUUGGCUUUCUCAUACCUGAUUUACUAAAUUUGUUUAAUUCACAUUUGUACAAGUUCUCUUGUAUUUUUAUCGCAUUACAUUUUUAUUUCCUGCGUUUUUAAAUUAUAUAUAAUGCUGCUUUAAAAUAAAAUGCUGU